GCUACAUGUACUCCAGCCAGUCUUGGCGACACUUCGCAGGAUGAUACUCCUGCCAUCAAAGCUGCUAUGUGGCAAUGGAGGCACAAUUGUCCUUCCAGCAGGCUUGGCCUACAGCAUCCCGACUAUGUUGGAUUUCACUGGUUGCACAAACUGUGAUUUCCAUUUUGAAGCUUUGUUCAAAGUUUCCAGUGAUACCACGUACUGGGCCACCCAGGAAGCAAUUAUCUUGAUGAAAACAUCAACGGAGCCAAGUUUCGCUCACUCACUGGUACCGGCGUCAUCGAUGGGAACGGCCAAAAUGCCUACAACAUUUUUUUGGCAGUGAACUCAUCACUUAAACGACCAACCCUGCUAAGUGUUAUUGGUGGUUCCAACCUCGUUGCCUCGGGGUUCAGAAUCAAGAACCCCCCCAAACGUCUUCAUCAACCAGAAGGGUGCCGCAACCAACAUGAACUACGCAAGCCUGACCAUGGAUGCCGCCUCGAAGUCCACCAAUCUGCCCAAGAACACCGACGGAUUUGAUGUUGGCGAGAGCACCUACACCACCAUAAAAGACGUGAAAAUCACCAACUACGAUGAUUACAUCGCUUUCAAGGGCGGCUGCAACUACGUGACUGUCGAUGGCGUCACAUGCUCUGGUGCUAGCCAUGGUCUCUCCGUCGGAUCCCCAGGGAAAACCAACCCGGAUACUGUCAAGAACAUAUAUGUCACAAACGCCAUAAUGAACGACUUGGUAUAAAGCAAGUUGUCAUGCUAACGGAAAUGACAGAUUAACGUGGCAGAGCUUGGUUUGAACUGCACUGCUGCUGCUUAGUGAGAUGGGAAAAAAGUGAGGGAUAAUAUUUCUGCCGUUGCAGGUAUUUGGGUAGGGGUGG